CUCCUUUCCAUCCCUCCUCAGGCUUCUCCGAUCUCUCUCCCUCUCUCUCUCUCCUCCCACAUCUCCAGUUCUCCCUCUCUUCUCGGCCCGACGGCGUUCCACCUCCAACCCUCCUCUUUUCCCGCCCGCGCCGUCCCUUCCUCCGCGGUAGCCACCGCAAGCCCCGCGCGACGCACACGGCGGUGGUCCACGUCGACCAAAUCGUCCACCGCAUCACGUUCUCCUCCCCGGCGAGGGUCUGUAGGCGAGGUCGCCGGCGAGGAGGUCGACGCCCAGAUCCGCCAAAGACACCCUCCAGCUCGUCACAGUAGCAGCCAGUGGGGUUUCAGCCAGACAACAACCAUGAGUCUUGCUUGUCUUGUAUGCCAUGGCAUGAGCAGCCCCUCGAACUCUCUUAGAAGCUACUCAGUGUCAAGUUCAGAGGAGGAAAGCCGAUGUGGAGCUGCUGUUGCUUGCUUAGCUCGAAGAGUAACACCAGCUGGAACUUCUAGUGUCGGGACAUCAAAAGUGACCCCUUUUCCUCCCAUGGUGAGUGGUCAAGUUGGCACAGAGGGCACUCCUCGACUUCAACGCAGCCGUGCUGUGUCCAGGGACCUUGUUAGAGAUUGGAACUUCGAUGAAGUAAUUGUUGCAAAUUAGAGUAGCCUUCAACAGUUGUCAGCUGGACUUGUGCUCUACUUAUCAGGGAGGAGAUUCCUUCAUUUGAUGUAAAUUUUUUCAUAGUAGGCGCCUGAAAGUCCAUGUUACUAUAUAUCAGUACUUAAUGACUUGAUGAGAAAACCCUCGAGAGGGAUGGUACCUUUCAGGAGCAAUACUUCUAUUGUUGCCGUUCUAUAUGAUCGUGUACCUCUGUAGUUAGGAUAAAUGUUUUCAGUGUCUCUUCCUAUUUUCAAACAUGUAUAAGUUGUCAUGUACCUUUAUGUAUAUUAUGAAUGAAUCCAAUUUCUAAUCUCGAUCUAGUUCUGAAA